AGGUUCGGCUCGCCGUGCCCUGGCCUCGGACGAUGAGCGCGGCGCAGCGCGGCGCAGCGGCCAAGGGGGCGGGGGCGCGGGGCGCUUCCGACUCGCAGGAGCGCCGAGGCGACCUCAGCCCCUCAUCUUUACGUAACCGGCAGCGCCUCCGCACGCAGCAUCCACGGCCCCGGGCUCCGCCGCGCUGCCGCCUCUCGCCGCCUCCGGUGCCCAGAGCCGGGCGCAAUCCCCCCGACGGGCGCACAGUCUGCUCCGAGCCGGCUCCCCUGGAAAGAUGCCACACGUGGCGGUCGCAAGUUUAUUCGACCGAAAACGCCCCCGAGGCGCUGGGAGAGGAAACUGCAAGAGAGUCAGAACAGCCUCUCGGUGGAGAGGUGCGUCUAGAACUGAGGCGUGCGGCCAAUCCGACAGUUCUGUUUCGAUGCCUCGUGCUACCUCUACAGCCUCGAACGCCGACAUUUAAAAGGGUAACAGCCGGGAGGCUGGAAAGGAGCAGCCGCGCAUCUUUGGGAGUGUCUCUCAAUCCCUUAGCCGGUCUAGGCCUCUUGGCUCACGUUCCAGCUUGCGGAGUGUGGGAUACACCUUCCCUACUCGGUUGCGUUCCUUCUUAUGACAAAAGAGAACUUCAGUUUCAUUUUCCAGCUCGCAAACAGUUAAGUGACUUCCUGCAAACGCUACAGUCCCAGCAACCAGCCUUCCAAUCAAAAGUAAGUUGGUUGAUGUCACUGACAUUGGCUCAGCCAAUCAGAAGGGCAUUCCGAAGGCCAGCGCUGCACACUUGUAAACGCGAAGAGCUGUAGUGAAACUGAACACAUCCUUGUAC